AUGUCCGAGACAACAGAUAAGCAAUUGACGGAGGCUGAAAAGAGGAAAUUACUCAGAGAAAGAAGAUUGGCCAAGAUGGCACAGGGCAAAGCCAGUGAUCGAUUAAACACCAUUUUGAGCCAAGGCUCAUCUGUCAAAAGCGUCUCUCCUCCUGCUGUCACGUCCGCUCUUGAAAACAAAGCUACAAAGUCUACUGAUACUGCCACUGUUACAGAUUCAAGCACAAAUGCUACAUCUGUAUCUCCUUCUGCAGCAAAAGCGACACCAACUAGUACUGGUGUCUCAUCUGCUAUAUCAGACUUUGAUGAUCCAGAAAUUCAAGAUAUUUCUGAUGUUGCCGUGAAUAAUAGUGGUGUUCUGGCACUUGGUAACUUGAGCGGUCUUGACAGUAAUAAUCCUUCGCAGCCCAAUCUCGAUGAGAUGUUCCAAAAGAUUAUGCAACAACAAAGUCAACACAAUUGCGACAAUGAUAACAAUGGUGAAAACAAUCCUAUGGCCGAGAUGUUAAAAAUGUUCAAUUCAAUGGGUGGCGGAGAUAACAACGGUGGCCUUGGUGGUUUCGACAGCAUGUUUUCCGGCUCCCCAAACUCACCACCUCCAGAAUCCAUCAGUCCCGAGAUGAUGAAAUACCAAGCAGAUUUGGCCAAAUACCACACAUAUCAAGAGCAAUUAUGGCAAUUCAGAUUCCUUGUGGUGAGAAUUUUAGCCACGAUUUUCAAUUUUGCCUACCAUUUUAUCACCAUACCAUCAUUCACGGCAUCAAACCAUGCAUAUGUACGUGACUUGAGUGAAGUAUAUCCAUUGCUGGGAUUUAUGACUAUUUUCACUUCAAUUGAAGUCGUGAUCAUUGCAACUUAUUACUUGUUGUUUACAAAAUUGGGAUUAUUCCAUGCAUCUAACCAAAAGAGUUUUAUCUUGAAAGGAAUCAGCACCUUAUCGAUGUUUGUACCACAAUUACUGAGAUACGAACCCUUGGUGGCUACAUUAUUAGGAUACAAGGAACUAUUGGGCAUUUUCGUGGGAGAUUUGUCACUUGUCGUUGUGAUGUUUGGAUUACUCAGUUUUUCAAAUUGA